CAGGUCAAGGUGCAGAUGAGAUGGUGGGGUGUGUUCGCUGUCCCUCCGGAUCUGCGCCAAAGCACGUCGGCGGACGAUCGUCCAGGUCGCCCGAGCAUCAGCAGCUGCAGCCUGCAGCACCGUUAAAGUUUAGCACUACACACACCGCUCCUCACGAGCUUCUCCCUGUACAUAGAGCAAUGCAUUGUCCCUAAUUGCAUCAUGUCUUCUGGGAAUCCGUUUCGCACCUCGGUCGCACCCAACCAAGCUCCGCCCUCGCCCGUUCCGCGGACUUCCUUCAUCACUCCCGAGACACGCAGGCCUGGGGCCGGAGGUAGUCACAACGAUGUGCCUGUCGUCUCCCUACCGCCCAGGACAAAGAAGCAUGUGCGCAUAGAAUCCACCACCAUCUCCAUCCCACCGCAAGCGGACAUCUCCAGUCCAGAUGACUCUCCCAUCACGUCUUUUGCGCCACAGCUAGCCUCAGCCCAGUAUGCAGGCUCGCCUUCUGCUGCACAGUAUGCCGGCUAUUCGACAACCUCUCCGGGGGCAUAUUCUCGAGAACCCGGGCGAAGCUACGAUAUGACGGCAUCGGAUGGCAUGGCAAACUCAAACACAGCCCCUGGAAAUCAUUAUCCGGCUCUGUCUCCAUCAGCGGUGCCAGCGAACCCAUUCGCAAAGACUCUUGCAAACAUGGAGCCUCAGAGGGCAGGUGGGGAGGACCGGGCAUCUGCGGAAGGAACGGCCCCAAGCAACAACAGAGCUUCCCUCGACGUGGAGAGCUUCAAAAACAUGCUUCUCACGGGCAAGCCGUAUCCGCGACCGGCCGCGCAAGCUCCACAGCUCCCUCCUGCACUGAGCUCUGCAAGUGCGGCUGUAAUCGAGAGCGGGAGUAGCACAGACACGUCAUCAAUAUCGCGGCAAUCUCUACUUGAGCGUGCACAGGAGGCGCCAGCGGAGUCUCCCAGAACUUCGUACGAGAUGGCGCGUUCGGACGACGACGAGGUGGCUGUAUUGGUGCCGGAGCGGACAAGGUCGAAGAAGAAGCCACCGCCUGCGCCAGCACAUCGCCACGGCAAGCGUGUGUCGCCGCGACAGCCGCAGACUGUGGCAUUCGAUAGCUUCGCAGUGUCUGGAGCAGCCCCGAGCAGACCUCGAAACACAUCGGAUACGAGCAGGCCGCUUCCGCCGACACCCGUUUUGUCAGCGCCGCCGCUGAACAUUGAUACUCCCGACAAGGCGCGAAGCAACACAUCACCGCCGACUGAGAGGGUUGAAGAGCCGAUGAGCAGAUCCAACUCAAUGCAACGAAAGAGAGCACCUCCACCUGUUCCUCUGGCCCGCAGACAGAGCCAGCUACGACAGUCAUCGGCUGAGACGCGAUCGAGAAGCAGUUCUUCCUUGACACUAUCGUCGCAGCAUUCUCUCGAGGCGCUGCCCGCUGGAGUUGUGCCUACCGCCGGCGAGGUUGCAAGCAAUGCCACGACAACACCGAGCAAUGCCACGACAACACCAAGCUUCAAGGCCCCACCUCCUCCACCGCCGUCAAGACACGGAGCACGUCUGUCCGAGAUUGGCGCCAGACCGUCCUCGACCGAACUGCCUCAGCGAUCCGCCUCGAUCCGGACCACAGGUUCAUCUCGAAGGAGCACGCUAGAAGGCGAGCCAGAAGUAGGGGUACUGCGCACAGCAUCUACGGCGUCGAAGCGGGGCAGUGUGCGGGUCGCAUCUGGCGAAAGCGGCAGUGGCGUGCGCCCGCCGCCUCCUCCGCCACGGCGAAGACCAGGAUCCGGACGUUCAAGCCUCGACCAGGCACGGCCUUUGAUAGGCGUCGACAAGCACAGGCGGGCGAGCGGGGCGAGCGAGCGCUCUGUGCGGCACGGGUAUGCGCUAGUAGAGGACAAGAGGGCCGAGCAAGCGGUGUGGUCGGCGCGAGGAGAGACAGAGGAUGGGGUGGCAAAGGCGGGCGCAGAGGCAAAGGCGGGCGCAGAGGCAAGAAAGGACUCGAGUAGCAUCCUGGACGACAUGGAGAAGUUCCAGCGCGAGAUUGACGAGCUGCGCAACAGGUACAAGCAAGCGGGAUAGUGCAGCGCCUGAGUGAUGGUGGGGUGGAAGAGCGAUGCAGGAAUGGCAUUUGCAUUGUCACAGAUGGUAGCUGUCAGGGUGUGGUAGCUAGGACAGCAUUUGCAUUGUCAUGGACGGUAGCUGUCAGGAUAUAGUAGCUAGGACAGUAUUUGCAUUGUCACAGAUGGUAGCUGUCAGGGUAUGGUAGCCAGGAAUGGCAUUUGCAUUGUCACGGACAGUAGCUGUCAG